AUGAGAGGUCGGAAAUAUGGAAUCAUUUCACUAGGAUACUUGAUGGAGAAAGAUCAAAAUAGCACUACGUUUGAUGACAACCAAGCAAUACUCACUCGAGAAAACAAUGAUGGUGGUAUUACGGCAAUGGUAUUUAAUAAAGAAAACUGUAGGAAAGCAUUGGUUAAAAUGAUUAUUAUUGAUGAAUUGGCAUUUUCCUUUGCGAAAGGUUCCUUGUCGAAAAACGAUUACCAUGAAACAAAGGAAUCAUUGAGGAUUAAAUUUAUUAAUGAUAGACAAAGGAUUUCUUUAACCACUGAUUGUUGGACAUCAAUUCAAAACAUCAAUUAUAUGGUAGUCACAGCACGUUUUAUUGAUAGAAGUUGGAAAUUGCAUAAGAGGAUAUUGACUUUUUCUGUUGUUCCAAAUCACAAAGGGGAGAAAAUUGGGAAGCUUAUUGAAAAUUGUUUGCUUGAUUGGGGAAUAGAGCGUGUGGGUACAAUUACUGUAGCCAAUGCAAGCACAAAUGAUGCAGUGAUCAUUUAUGUGAAAAAUAAGUUGAAGAAUUGGAAACCUGAUGAUACUAUGAUUUUAGGUGGCUCUUAUUUGCAUGUACGUUGUUCAGCACACAUAGUCAAUUUGAUUGUUAAAGAAGGGUUGAAAGAGUUUAAUCCAUCUAUAGAAAGUAUUCGCAAUGCUGUCAAAUAUUUUCGAUCAUCUCCUUCUCGAUUGAUGAAAUUUAAGUGUUGUAUUGAAAGGGAAAAGAUUGCAUGCAAAAAACUUCCUGUUUUAGAUGUUUCUACAAGAUGGAAUUCAACAUUCUUAAUGUUGGAUAGUGCAUUGAAUUUUGAAAAAACUUUUUUUAGAAUGGAGGAAGAGGAUGGAUUUUAUUAUAAAUAUUUUGACGAGAAUGAAGGUGGAAAAGAAAAAGAGGGGCCGCCUACGAGUUAUGAUUGGGAGAAAGCUAGAAAAUUUGCCAAGUUUCUAAGAACCUUUUAUGAUGUCACAUUGAAGUUUAGUGCUUCAUUGAAUGUUACUUCCAAUAUUUACUUCCAAGAAGUGUGUAAAAUUAAGCAAAUUUUGAAAAAAAUGGGUGACAAACAAGAUUAUUUGCUCAGUAGCAUAGCAAACAACAUGAAGAUUAAGUUUGACAAGAAUUGGGAUAAUGUUGAUAAAAUGAACAAGAUUUUGAUUGUAGCAGUUGUGCUUGAUCCUCGUUAUAAGUUGGAGUUUGUUGUACAUUGUAUUGGUAUCUUGUAUGACUCUGUUAAGGUUGAAGCCACAAAAACUGAGGUCAUGAAAAUAUUGUAUGCUUUGCAUAACCAGUACAAGGGAUGUCAUCGUUCAAAGAAUGGAGCUAGUGGAAGUGGUGGUAAUGAAUAA